CAGUUCCUUCUGUCCGGGCAGGAAGGGGUGCUCUGUGGGCUUGGAGGCUGCAGGCGCCUUCCUGGGGACUGCUCUGUGAGCAGUGAUAAAAUAUUUAUCAGCCAGCAGCUGGGCUUCCCUGCACAGGGUGCAGUCGGGGGCAGCUCCCACCCGAGCCUACAGCCUGAGUUCUGCUGAGUCAUGGGGGAGCCCAGUGAGCCACCUGCCCUCAGGCUCCUGGGCCCCCUCUGCCCUUUGGCCAUGUGAACGCCUCCUAAUGUGUAAGCCAUUCGGCUGCCCAUAAGGCCAGGCAUCCAGCGUGCUUAGUGCUGAGCAGGGUUUCCGAGCUCACCCCCAGGAGGGUGCAGACCUCAGCCAAGGUCGCAGGGCAAAGGACACCCGUGGGCUGGGAUUCCGCCUGUGCCCACCCUGGCGGCCUCCCACCUCCUGAGUCCUCUCGGCACCCAGCAAGGUUGAAGUUCAUGAGUUCGCCCAGCCUCAGUGACCUGGGCAAGAGAGAGCCGGCCGCCGCCGCGGACGAGCGGGGCACGCAGCAGCGCCGGGCCUGCGCCAACGCCACCUGGAACAGCAUCCACAACGGGGUGAUUGCCGUCUUCCAGCGCAAGGGGCUGCCCGACCAGGAGCUCUUCAGCCUCAACGAGGGUGUCCGGCAGCUACUGAAGACGGAGCUGGGGUCCUUCUUCACAGAGUACCUGCAGAAUCAGCUGCUGACAAAAGGCAUGGUGAUCCUUCGGGACAAGAUCCGCUUCUACGAGGGACAGAAGCUGCUGGACUCGCUGGCAGAGACCUGGGACUUCUUCUUCAGUGACGUGCUGCCCAUGCUGCAGGCCAUCUUCUACCCGGUGCAGGGCAAGGAGCCGUCGGUGCGCCAGCUGGCCCUGCUGCACUUCCGGAACGCCAUCACCCUCAGUGUGAAGCUAGAGGAUGCGCUGGCCCGGGCCCAUGCCCGCGUGCCCCCUGCCAUCGUGCAGAUGCUGCUGGUGCUGCAGGGGGUACAUGAGUCCAGGGGCGUGACCGAGGACUACCUGCGUCUGGAGAUGCUGGUUCAGAAGGUGGUGUCACCAUACCUGGGCACCUACGGCCUCCACUCCAGCGAGGGGCCCUUCACCCAUUCCUGCAUCCUGGAGAAGCGCCUCCUCCGCCGCUCCCGCUCGGGGGACGUGCUCGCCAAGAACCCGGUGGUGCGCUCCAAGAGCUACAACACGCCGCUGCUGAACCCCGUGCAGGAGCACGAGGCGGAGGGCGCAGCGGCCGGCGGCCCCAGCAUCCGCAGGCACUCUGUGUCGGAGAUGACGUCCUGCCCCGAGCCCCAGGGCUUCUCCGACCCGCCCGGCCAGGGCUCUGCCGGGGCCUUCAGGUCCUCCCCAGCACCCCACUCAGGGCCCUGCCCCAGCAGACUCUACCCCACAACCCAGCCCCCUGAGCAGGGCUUGGAUCCCACCCGCAGCUCCCUGCCCCACGCCAGCCCGGAGAACCUGGUGGACCAGAUCCUGGAGUCCGUGGACUCAGAUUCUGAAGGGAUUUUCAUUGACUUUGGCCGGGGCCGGGGCUCUGGCAUGUCCAACUUGGAGGGCUCUGGUGGCCGGCAGAGUGUCGUGUGAGGCCUCACAGCUGGCCUUGAGUUUUUACUGACACGUCCCCAUGUGCGGAGGUGUCCAUGUGGCGUGUGUGUGUGUGUGUGAGACUUUUUUACUCUGUGCCGUCCCGCCAGCCCUGGUGACCUCCUCACUGGCCUCAGUCGCUUUGUGUUUCUGUCUUGGUUGGAAAUACCAUCAGCCUCCUAGGCCCGGCCCAGGUCUGUGUCAGGCGGAUGAGUCAGCAUUACCUGGGGGCCUGGGUCAGGGACAGGGGUCGGCCGCUCGCUCCCACGCUCCUCCUGCCCCAGCCCUCUGGCGUCCACACCUGCCCGCAGAGAAUGUGAAUCUGGUGGGGUCUGCCCACGCCGGGCCCCAGAGUGACCAGACUCCAGCACACCUGUCUCUUCCUGCCUGGGGUGGCCAUGGGGAUGGAAAGGGGUGGAAUAAAACCUGUCGACCCA